GAUGUGGUGAUGCCCUCAAUUGCUAUUGUUCGUGAGUAUGUGUUGAAGCCUCAAUAGGCUUAUUCGUGACUUGAACAAUGCUUUCAGAGCGUUGAGGUCAGAGGCCGAAAGUGCAUAAAGGAGUCACCUUCCCCUGCCAAAGGCCGGAAUUUGAUGUUCCUCCGUACAUCGCUUUCAUUAUGCCUGCCGCUUCAACAUCCCAUCAACGCCUUCAGCAGACCCGCGCCCAGGUGGCGGAAGCUCGGCGGCUGGCCGCCGAGCAGGCCGCCAAGAAGACCAACGCUCGCGAGAGCACUGAUAACAACGACGACGAUGAGGUCGAGACGCCCAGGAAGCGUCAGAAGCGCGCCCCACAGCGCUUCGCCGACAUAUGGCUUGGGGAAGACCGCAGUGUCUCUCGAUGUGAACUCAUCCUCGGGCUAAAAAAUGGGCAUUGGAUUAUACGAACAUUCGGUUCAUCAUUAGUGGUGCACAAAGACACUCCACUCGAGCGCGACAUGCCAGGUAUGGCACUACACCCUCAUGAAGCGAACCAUGUGGAAUGGGCAGACGAAUCCGGCGAAGGUCUCAGACUUGAGAUCUACUGCCGGUCUCCUCGCGAUUCUGGGGAACUUGUCUGGUUUGAGGACUUGCCAAGCCAGUGGGAUUUGACCCAGAGGUCUAUUUCUUCCACCAGCACCUUGAGUACACCUGGGCACGCAGAUCCUCCAGAUCGGUUGUAUAUCUUCGACAAGUCUAUGUGCGUGAGCCCCGGCCCACGGGAAUACCUCGCCUUAGAUCCAUGGACAUGCACAAUGUUUCUUGCUCGAAGGUAUCCCCUUUCUGAAGUUGAUAGUCUUCGAGCACGCACACGAUUGCUUCAGGAAUUGCCCAUUUCUGACUCCUUCGUGAUCGAUGAAGACGUACGCGAACAUUAUGGACACGCGUAUCUCUUGAGUCCUUUGCGAGACGACAUCGUACCUUUGCGGUCGUGUUCCCAGACAGAAAGUCUUGGGCGGAGGGUAUUCUAUAAUCUUCUGAGGCUUGUCCAUGCGCUACACUGCAGCGGGAUUUAUCACAGAAACAUCGAUCUCGACACUAUCUGCAUUACAGACAAUCCUGAUCUGUGUGAUGUGGUAAUCACUGAGUUCUCGAAGUUUUCAAGGGAUUAUCGCGAUGCCAUAUCUGAUUGUCGCCAGAUCUUUCAGCUUCUCCACGAAUUCAUCGGGGGGAAGGAUGUCCCUCCUUCCUGGCUUGGAAGCAAAUACCUUGGAGACCUUUGGGCCCGUUUCAUCGACACGAGGCAUGCUUGGGACAUUUCGGUGAAAGAAAUCUACGAGAAACUUCAGUUAGGUUCAACUCAAGGAGCCAAGUCUUGGGAUACAAUCAAGGUUAGCAGGUCUUUUAGCAUUCGCUUCACCUCCGUUUCAAGGACCAGCUACUUGGACGCAGACGAUGUCAGGAGCUACCUGCGCUUUGCCGCAGUUGCCCUCUACCCAAUCGCUGCUCACGAUUCCAAAAUCAUCGGACUCCAGAGGAAGAUGGAGGACCUGCUUUCCAAAGCCGAGCGUGACGGGCAAAUAAGCAUUGCUGAUUACCAUGUUUUCGAAACCCAUUUGGAAUGCAAAUAUGGCUGCACCUAUGGCAAGGCGUUGGCAGAUGAGCUUCCAGAGUCUCAUAUUCGAGGAUCUCGGUCUCCGCUCUCGAUUCUCUUGACUCUCAAAGUCCCUUACCAUUCACGUUAUGGGUUAGCAAAUCUCAAUCGGCUAAUUCGGUUCGCCCCAGCUCUGGAACCAGCUUUGCAGUCAACGGACAAGUACGAGAUCAAGGGACCGCUAGGUCUGAGUGGAAUAUUCGUCCCGUCAACCGACCUACAUGCUCAUAUGAGGACAGCUGGUCUACAAACUACUAUGGAUGCUACACAGUCGAGGGAUUGUUCUCUUGACCGUUACAAACUACCAGAUUGGUCGCUGGUUACUUCCAACGAGCUGGCGCAGCUUUACCCUGUGGACAAAGCGGGGACGGUGCUCCUGGAAGACGGCUCCACGGAGAACUUAGGAAAAUACCUUGCGCUAUUUGCUGACAGGAAGGAUUAUCUCGACAUUGCAACAACGCACCGAUUAAGCAGCACUGACAACAGAAACGGAAACGAUAUUGACAAUAUUUCCCUCUUCAGCUCGAUCAACACCACGAGCUUUCCUUUCCAAUUUGGAAGGCGGGCUGGCUUCAAGCCUGGCGCUUCUGAUCUACGCCUAUCAGCGGAUACGCGUGGCUCAAGAACUCAGCGCUGGAUAGAUGGUCAUGCUAUGCCUAGGCGUCGGAUGAAAGGAGACAUAGAACCGACACGUUGGACUUGAAUAUCUUGCUAUGAUCCCUCUCGUCAUUGUCUUUGCAUAGUCCAAAGGGGCAUAGCCACAACAGUAGCAGUGAUGAGAAUCGAUUCCAAC